AAAAACCCGGAAUCGACCUUCAUUGCGGAAGUUCUCUCAUGCCCAGUGGAUGCCCGCGCUAAGCAGAGAGCAUGUCAACCGUCUCCUUAUCGACCUUGAUGUGAUCCUUCUUGAUGGUGGAUUCAUCGGGGACGAAGACUAUGCGUCGUUCAAGCCCCUCGUCCUGCAACUUGAGCGAGAUGCCCCGAACCCGACCCUUCUGGUUGCGCUUCAUGAGAUGGGUCGAGAAUCCGGCAAUCUGGUUGCAAAGGCGCUUGGAAGGGAUUAUGGCAACCUCAUCGAGUAUAUAUCUUCUUGUUGGUGUGGAAAUCAAGAGUCAUUCUCGAGUAGCAGCAGUUCGAUUACUUGCCGAGAUGACUUCUUCACCGUCUUGGUACGGAUUCGUCCCAUGGCUACUCCUGCUUCACUCUUUAAAUGCUGAGUCCUCGCUAAUUUUAUUUCAGUUUCUCUUUCUGGACUAUUUUUUAAGUAGGAGUGGAAUGGAUAAU